CUGGCGGGAAGAGCGAAAGAAUCUGGACCAUCGGUCUGUUUUCAAAACGCACGUUGCUUUUUAAAAUUAUUAUUAGCGCAGUUUCAUACAUUUAUGAUAAACCGAAUUCCACAUGAUUGGGAUACGUAUAUUUGCUUGACCUGUGCUUAUAGUUUAAAGGGUUUUGAAGCGCGAAACCGAUGGAGGAGCCCGCUGACUCCGUCCGUGGCGGGGCAGCACAGGGCCCCACUGUUCAAGUGGCAGAGAUCCGCUGCCCAAUGGCAGCGCGUCCUAUGCGGCUGCUGGAAUGGAAAGUCAAACCAGGGUCCCUCGUCAAUGUGGACUCGGUGUUGGGGUUAUGUGUUCCCAUUCCGCUGGAGAAAGAGGCCGGGACUCAGCCGCCAGAACAGCCCAAAAGGCUGCAAGAGAAGAAACUGAAAUCGGAUCGAGCUGGAGUGGUGAAGGACCUAUGUUGUCUACUUGGACAAGUCAUAUCGCCUGGUGCUGUGAUUGUCAGAGUAGAAGAAUGCAGUCAUCCAGUCGUGAUGAAGGGGCUGUGUGCGGAGUGUGGUCACGACCUCACACAGAUGCAGAGUAAUAAUGGGAGGCAGCAGGCUCACAUCUCCACGGCAAACGUUUCCAUGGUGCACAGUGUCCCCGAGUUGAUGGUCAGCUCUGAGCAAGCGGAGCAGCUGGGCAGAGAGGACCAGCAGAGACUCCACAGGAACAAGAAGCUGGUUCUUAUGGUUGAUCUGGACCAAACCCUGAUCCACACAACCGAGCAUCACUGUCAGCGCAUGUCCAAUAAGGGAAUCUUCCACUUCCAGCUGGGGCGGGGGGAGCCCAUGUUACACACGCGACUGCGUCCGAACUGCAAAGACUUCCUGGAGAAGAUCGCCCAGCUCUAUGAGCUGCAUGUCUUCACUUUCGGAAGCCGCCUCUAUGCGCACACCAUCGCAGGCUUCCUGGACCCUGAGAUGAAGCUGUUCUCCCACAGGAUCCUGUCCAGAGACGAAUGCAUCGACCCCUUCUCCAAGACAGGGAACCUGAGGAAUCUGUUCCCGUGUGGUGACUCGAUGGUAUGUAUUAUAGAUGAUCGGGAGGACGUGUGGAAGUUUGCUCCCAACCUGAUCACUGUGAAGAAGUACGUCUACUUCCAGGGCACAGGAGACCUCAACGCUCCGCCCGGGUCUAAAGAGGCCCAGCAGGCAAGGAAAGCCGGCAGCCAGGCCAGCCGACCGGCAGAGGCCUCGGAAGCAGCAGUAACGUCCGGGCCUACAGCGGGGUCGUCUGCGGCAGAGGAGCGGAGUAACGGCCGUAAGAAACAGUGGUCUAAAGGCCACAACCACGGAGGGAGGGUGAAGUCAACAGCCCCCUCAGCCACCCAGGAAGCAGCAGCCAAUGAACGGACUCAACCGGGCGAGGCUGUGGAGGAGGGGCGGGGUCGGGGCGGGGGGGCCGAUGCCAGCACGGCAGCACAGGUGAGCGACAGGACAAAUGUGAAAGAGGAUGUGCAAGGAGAAGAGGAGGAUGGCAGCAGGACAGUGGGCUCAGAGGAGGAAGCUCCUCCUACAUCCUCCACUCCUCCAGACCUCCAUGAGCCCAACAGCAACCUGGACUUUGACCUGUCCAGUGACUCUGACUCUGUUACGUGUAAACCACCCUCAUCAGACAGUGAGGGGGAGUACAGCCAGACCAGGAAGUCCAAACAGAAAGGGGUGGAGCAGGCGGCAGUAGAGGAGCCAUCAGGCGGGGCUGGAAGAAAGGAAGAGGGGGGUAUUAAGCAGAAGCGCACCGGGGAGAACAGCUCCGAGGUAGGAUGGGAGACGUCUGUGCUUGUCCUCCCUCCUGAGCAGGAGAACGGGCACUCAGAACGAAGGGAGGCUGAGACAGAGUCCCAGAACAGUGAACAGUCAGGAGUCACCAUGGAGGAGGAGGAGGAGGUGGACCAGGAUAACCACCUCAUCUACCUACAAGAGGUGCUGGAGCGUAUCCAUGGAGAAUACUACGCCCGCUACAGCGCCUUCCUCAGGAAGGAACGCCCAGAGACGCCUGAUAUCAGGAAGAUCGUCCCGGAGCUGAAGGCCCGGAGCCUGGAGGGCACCACCAUUGUGUUCUCUGGGCUGUACCCCACCAACUACCCAAUGGAGAGAACCAGGGAGAACUACCACGCCAAGGCCCUGGGAGCAAAGAUGGGCAAGAGGCUCCUGCUCAGCUCUAAAGACCCUGGCAGAACCACGCACCUCAUUGCUGCUAGAGCAGGUACAGAGAAGGUGCGUCAGGCCCAAGGCUGUAAACGUCUCCAUGUGGUGAAUCCUGACUGGCUGUGGGGAUGUCUGGAGCGCUGGGAAAGGGUGGAUGAAUCACUGUAUCCACUGAAGGAGGAAUACACCAAGACCCAACAGAGCAACAGCCCAGCCACGUUCCCUGACCACCAAGGGUCCUUCCAGAACCCCCUGUUCCCCCCGGCCCCCCUCCACCUCCCCCCUCCAGCUGCCCCUGAGGUGCGGACGUACGACCCGGUCACGGGGAAGCUGAUUCGACGUGGGCUUCAGGCCUCCAGACCACCAUCUUACCUCCAGGCCUCCAUGUCUGCUGCCCACGGUGACCAGACAUCCCUGAGGGGGGGUCAGAGGGACCAGCAGGGGGAGACGGCGGGUCCCUCCAGUCGAGACGAGGAGCAGCCUGGACCCUCCUGCCGCCGGAGGGAACGCCAGCCCAGCAUGUCAGAGACCAACCCUCUCUACACAUUCUGUAAAGAAGACCUGGACAGCAUGGACAAGGAGGUGGACGACAUGCUCGAUGAGGAGAGCGACGAGGAGGGAGAAGGCCGGGGGAAGAAGACGAUGGAAGAGGAGAUGGAGGAAGAAGAGGGGCAGCGGCCAAAGGGUAGUGGACAGAGCACUGAGGGAGAGAAGCACCACCACGAGCAGCAGCACCAUGACCAGCUGAAGCAGCACUAUCACCAGCUGCAGCAGCAGGGUUUGGCUACCGUUGUAGAGGAGACUGAGAAAACACAGACGCCGCCUAGUCACCAGGGCGGUACAACGACAGAGGACAGCGUGCCAAGGGGACAGAAGCGCAAGCUUGCUGAGGCCAAGGAGGAGGAAGAGGGGGAGUCGGCGGACGAGUCCACCAAGGAUUCUAAUGAGGAAGAGGAAGGAAGCAGCUCAGAGGCUGAUGAGAUGGCCGCUGCCCUGGAUGCGGAGCUCAACGACUUCAUUUGACAAGGAUGAAUUUGAUUGGACAAAAGAACUGGGGCGUUUGAUUGGACGUUUGUGAACGAUGCCUCACAGAAACACUCUAAAUUACCCCAGCAGAUUUACGUCCAGGUGGUGCCUGAAUCUUUGUCUCUACGCUGUGUGCCGUGUGUGGAUGUGUUUUAACGAGGUUGAAUGUGUUGUACAGAAUGAAAAGGUAGGUUAGUACAGUAGGAAAACGUCGGUGUGUAAAUAUACGCUCAGAAAAAUAAAGGGAACACUAAAAUAACACAUCCUAGAUCUGAAUGAAUGAAAUAUUCUUAUUAAAUACUUUUUUCUUUACAUAGUUGAAUGUGCUGACAACAAAAUCACACAAAAAUGAUCAAUGGAAAUCAAAUUUAUCAACCCAUGGAGGUCUGGAUUUGGAGUCACACUCAAAAUUAAAGUGGAAAACCACACUACAGGCUGAUCCAACAUGGAUGUAAUGUCCUUAAAACAAGUCAAAAUGAGGCUCAGUAGUGUGUGUGGCCUCCACGUGCCUGUAUGACCUCCCAACAACGCCUGGGCAUGCUCCUGAUGAGGUGGCAGAUGGUCUCCUGAGGGAUCUCCUCCCAGACCUGGACUAAAGCAUCCGCCAACUCCUGGACAGUCUGUGGUGCAACGUGGUGUUGGUGGAUGGAGCGAAACAUGAUGUCCCAGAUGUGCUCAAUUGGAUUCAGGUCUGGGGAACGGGCGGGCCAGUCCGUAGCAUAAAUGCCUUCCUCUUGCAGGAACUGCUGACAUACUGCAGCCACAUGAGGUCUAAGAUUGUCUUUUAUUAGGAGGAACCCAGGGCCAACCGCACCAGCAUAUGGUCUCACAAGGGGUCUGAGGAUUUCAUCUCGGUACCUAAUGGCUGUCAGGCUACCUCUGGCGAGCACAUGAAGGGUUGUGCGGCUCCCCAAAGAAAUGCCACCCCACACCAUGACUGACACACCGCCAAACCGGUCAUGCUGGAGGAUGUUGCAGGCAGCAGAACGUUCUCCACAGCGUCUCCAGACUCUGUCACAUCUGUCACAUGUGCUCAGUGUGAACCUGCUUUCAUCUGUGAAGAGCACAGGGCGCCAGUGGCGACUUUGCCAAUCUUGUUGUUCUCUGGCAAAUCCCAAACGUACUGCUCGGUUGGGCUGUAAGCACAACCCCCACCUGUGGACGUCGGGCCCUCAUACCACCCUCAUGGAGUCUGUUUCUGACCGUUUGAGCAGACACAUGCACAUUUGUGGCCUGCUGGAGGUCAUUUUGCAGGGCUCUGAAAGUGCUCCUCCUGCUCCUCCUUGCACAAAGGCGGAGGUAGCGGUCCUGCUGCUGGGUUGUUGCCCUCCUACGGCCUCCUCCACGUCUCCUGUUGUACUGGCCUGUCUCCUGGUAGCGCCUCCAUGCUCUGGACACUACGCUGACAGACACAGCAAAACUUCUUGCCACAGCUCGCAUUGAGAUGCCAUCCUGGAUGAGCUGCACUACCUGAGCCACUUGUGUGGGUUGUAGACUCCGUCUCAUGCUACCACUAGAGUGAAAGCACCGCCAGCAUUCAAAAGUGACCAAAACAUCAGCCAGGAAGCAUAGGAACUGAGAAGUGGUCUGUGGUCCCCACCUGCAGAACCACUCCUUUAUUGGGGGUGUCUUGCUAAUUGCCUAUAAUUUCCACCUGUUGUCUGUUCCAUUUGCACAACAGCAUGUGAAAUUUAUUGUCAAUCUGUGUUGCUUCCUAAGUGGACAGUUUGAUUUCACAGAAGUGUGAUUGACUUGGAGUUACAUUGUGUUGUUUAAGUGUUCACUUUAUUUUUUUGAGCAGUGUAGUUGUAGAUCAUUUUUAGUGUUAAUGUAGAAACUUUCGACAGUUUUAUUGUAAGAUAAAAAAAAAUAGGAGAGAUUUUGGCUAAUUUAGUAUUACUUGAGUUUUUUUUCUUCACAUUAAGACUUUUAUAUAAAUUCAACAAAUUACUUAAUUCAUUGGUCGUAUGAUGCCAAAGAGUUUGAACUAGGCCAAUCAGAGCCUGCAGCUAAAGAUUUUACUCUGACAUCACAUCCUGUGUUCCUAUUUCCUGUUGUUUUUUAGGGGUUAAUCAUUAAAACAUUGUUACCAGCAGAACGACUAAGACGCCUGAAUGUGUCCCAUUGGAUCUUUUCCUCUGUUCUUCUUUACCGUGGCGUUGGUACCAGAGAUAUAUAGAGAUCGAUAUUUAUAUAUGACUCUGGUUGGUACCUUUUAGGAAGUCAACUGAGCUAUCUGAGACAAACACCCAGGAUGCACUGCAAUAUCAACAUCUUCAUUAUACAAUCAUUGUUUAUCUUCUAACUGACUUGGCUGAAAGCUCAAAGCAAGAAGUAUAUAAGCAGCACUGUGGCGGCAGUCCUGGCUCUACCAAUGAGCUGUGCUGGUCCUCCUGGCUCCACCAAUGAGCGGUGCCGGUCUUCCUGGCUCUACCAAUGAGCAGUGCCUGCCCUCCUGGCUCCACCAAUGAGCAGUGCCUGCCCUCCUGGCUCCACCAAUGAGCAGUGCCUGCCCUCCUGGCUCCACCAAUGGUCUUGAUCAACCUUUCCAACACCAACUUCGAAAGUUACCUGGUCGAGAGAGAAUGCUAGUACCCAAAAGGCCAUUCUGACAAUCACCAUUUUAAAGUACUUAGCUGGGUGGGACUUCCUAUGGGUUAAGGAAGGAUCACAUAAUUCCAUCCAACUCAUCAGUAGGGAUCAUCCAAUGAAUUACUCUUGUGAGCAAACAUUCCAUAACUGCAGGUGGUAGUAAAUCGCCAACUUUGGCUUUAUACCUGUUCAAACAACACACUCCUGGUGGCAGUGUGCACCCGUUCAGUUUGUUUGCUAACUCAUAGAAGUAGAAGAAGAAAAGUGACUACUUCAAAAUGGAGAUGACCUCAUUGGUGCUGCCCAUGCUCUCACAGACGCUAUAAUGGGCCAGAUGCAAUGAUGCCAUGUCUAUGGUCGAGACUAAUUCACCUGUCAAAGGGUUAGGUUCAAGACCCACCAACCAGGUCACUGUCUCAACCACUCACUGGAGCCUGUGAUUGGUGGAGCUAUUUUGUUUAGCUGUAUUACCAUUCUUCUUAUUAGGUGUUAUAGCUACUUCUAGCAGGUGAUUUAUGUUUUAGCCACUUGCAGAGGCAUUGAUUUACUAACAUUUCAGCCAGGGUCAGCAAGUGUCCCAGUCUCAACUGCUCUUAGUAGGAACGUCAAACGUUCAGGCAGCUGCCCAGACACUGUGGAGGCUCUAGUUUAGAGCGCCCAGUUAAAUUGUGCUUGAGAGCAUUUUUAAACACUUAAUUGGUUAAAUGAGUGAGAAAUAGAUGUCAUUGUUCAAUAGUUUGAGUGGGCAACAUAUAACAUUGACAUGUUGAAUUAUUUUGACACAUACAAUUAUUUUACACUGAGCAAAUUUCCCUAAUGUGGACAGUUUGUGAUGCUACUUUGCACAAGCUUGUAUUUUCACUCCAUAACAUUUUGUGGAAUUGCACGUCCUUUUUACAUCAGAUUGGUGAUGUUAGUAUAAAGGUUUAUAGUCAUCACGAUGACGUAAGAUAAAUUGCUUAAAACAAAUAAAUCUCUUUGAUUUUAUACUGUUGAUUUUAUCACACGCACUGCCGAGUGCAGGACUUAGAAUGCAGAGUUAAUUUUCAAAUUCUAAAAUGCCAGAAAUUGGGUCAGUCUCUCUAUAAAAGUAGCUGGCCACACACCAAUACAUGGAUUUGACAGUCAAACUAUCACUUAAAUCGCAUCCAACCGUUGUCACUGUUGAUAUUUCCUAUAACGUGUCGUGAAUCAGCAAAAAGUGGUUUUCUGCUUUUUCCUUGAUGGCUGCCUCCUGAAAUGAACACCCUAUAUUCCAAGGUAUAGAAGCCUUCUGCAAGUUUUCAUGUUUACCAAAUAUGUACAGGUCCUUGAGAAAAUAUCCACACCUCUGGACUUGUUCCACAUGUUGUGUUACAGCCUGAAUUUAAAAUUGAUUAAAUUGAGAUUGUUUUUGUCACUGGUCUACACACAGUGGAAUUGUAUUAAAAAUGAA